AUGAACAAUACAUUUAGUGAAAACGAUGUACUCAAUCCAGAUUCCAUGACGAUUUGUUUAAAUACAUAUUUAGAUAAUAAUAAUUAUCAAAAAUUGAUUAUAUUAGAACAAUUAAAUAAAUUUACAUUAUUGAAUCAUUCAUCAUUAGAGAAUAAUUCUAUUAUUAAUAGACAUAUAUUUGAUAAAGCUUAUGAACAGAAAACUAGUGAUUCAAUAGAUUUGGAAAAUGUUAUGAAAACAUUUCAAGAACAGUACAUCAAUCAAUUUACAAAUAACAAUAAUUGGAUAUUAUCAAUAAUAAAUGAAAUGAAGAAUAAUUCAGUUAAUCAUAAAUUAGAAACUUGUCAAAAUAUAUUGAAUCAUAUAAGUUUGGAACAAGUUCAAACAGAUAAACAAGGAAACAUCUGUUUAUCAGAUCAUCUAAAACUAAACUCACAGAAGAGUCUAACAAAUAUCUGUAAUAACACUAAAGACUUAUCAACAAAUUUCGUAACAAAUUUAUGCACAAAAUUAAAUUCUAGAUCAAUAAAGCAUAAAAAUAAAACGAAAGACGUUUUAUACAAAUUUAAUAAAAUGACUUCAGAUAAGAGAGUGAAACAGAAGGAGGAGGAGGAGGAAGAAGAAGAAGAAGAAGAAGAAGAAGAAGAAGGAGGAGGAGAAGAGGAAGCAGAAAAACAAUCAUGUCAAACAUCUUUAUUAAAUAGUGAAUUACAACAUUCAGAACAUUAUAAUUAUCAAGUAAACAAUAGUAAUAACAAUAUUGAAAGUAAUGGAUAUGUUGAAGGAAAUAAUAUUGUUUCUGAUCAAUUGUGUAAUGAAAAGACUAAUGUUUCGAUAUCUGGAACUAAAUCAAAUGCUGGCAUUUAUGUAAAUGAUACAGAUGGUAGUGAUAAUCAGUAUGAUAAUGAUGAUGAAAUAGAGGAUACCGAUGACGAUGAUGAAGAGGAAGAAGAUGAGAAUGAUAGUAAUGAAAAUGACAAUAAUAAACGCCGACGACGAACACGAACUAAUUUUUCAGGACAACAGUUGACUGAAUUAGAAUUAGUCUUCCGUGUUAGUCAUUAUCCAAGCAUGAUUGUAAGAGAAGAGUUGGCACAACGUUUAGGUUUACCAGAAUCCCGUAUUCAAGUUUGGUUUCAAAAUAGAAGGGCUAAAUGGCGUAAACGAGAACAUACACGGAAAGGACCUGGAAGACCAGCUCAUAAUGCUCAACUCCUUACAUGUUCAGGUGAACCAAUCGAUCCAAAUGAAUUGCUUAAACGCGAAGCAAGUCGCCUUGAAGCGAGAAGACGAAAAAUGAUGGAGAAAAGAAUACAAUCUUUGAAAAAGAAACAGACAGUAAUUAAACAAAAUCACACCUCUAAACUUGUUUCAUCUAGAACAACACAGAAAAACCCGAAAUCCUUGAAUUUUCAACACAAUGACUGCGAAAAUUCUGUCUUAAAUGACAAGCUACCAUUGAAUUUAACACCAUCUACGAAACAUAUCGAUAAAUUCAGACAAAAUCUACUAUUUCCAAACAUCACUACUUCAGAAAAUUCCUUGAAUUUAUCUACAGAAUUUCAAUCCCUUUGCAAACAGUCCAAUAUAAGAUUUAAUAAUAGUAUAGCUGUACAUCCUCAUUCAAUUUGGCCUAACAUUCAAUCUAAUCAAUCAGCAGAAGACGUUAACUUGUGGAACAGCCAAUUGCAUACUGAUAACUCGAUUACCAAUCAUUGUAUAAAUUUUUCAAGACAAUCUUUUUCUCAGCAAAAUGUUGAUAAAGUCCACAAAACCCAAAACAACACCUUAAAAAGUUGUUUUGAUAAUAAUAACAUAAAUUUAAGUAAAUCUACUGAUUCACCAUUCAGUAUUGAAUGUAUUUUAUCAUCAACAUCAUCACUAUCCCAUUAA